AUUUUUUUUGACCGAUAUUUAAUAGAACGAAGGUGUCCGUUCUCCUGUUUCGGACGAAACGAUGAAUUCUGCAGCAGCGAUCUCGAAGUUUGUGAGUGUUUUUUGAAAUGGGUUGAUUGAAAUUGGAAGUGAACUGAUUGUGAUAUAUUGAAAAAUUCAAUCUUUAGAUCUCUUAAGGGAUCUCUUAAACCCUUAAACCUACGCCGCCUCCUCCUCCUCUUGCUCUCGCUGUGUCGAAAUUGAUCGCCGCUACACCUAAACCCUAAUCCCGAGCCUCUUAUUCAACAGGUUUCAAUGGCUAUUGACGGGAGUUUCAAUCUCAAACUCGCGUUGGAGACGUUUUCUGAACGUUGCCCCAAAGGGACAGCCUUUCCAUUUUUCAAUUCGAGUCUCAGCAAGGGAGAAGAAGUGGUUGUUUGAUCGGAAAACGGUAUAAAACGAGGGAACGUUCGGUUUUAGAAGUGGGUUUAAGCAAAGACGUUUUAUUAAUGGUCGGAAGAACGUUUAGUCGGUUACAAGGAAAGGAAAUGCGUGAAAAGAAAGGUACUAGAGCCUCGAAGGCUUUGCCGGAGAGAUACAGCAAGGCGAGAUAACAAAGUUUGCAUCGUCUUCGUGGGCUUCUAACUCGUUUGGCCGAGAAGCCCAUGCCGUCUCGGGGAGCCGUUAAGUCGGGGAUGCUUAGCCGAGGGAUCGACCGAAAGCUCUCCCAUGUUACGCCGAGAGACACGCGCUUUGAGCCACCAUGCCGAGCCAUCGUUUCGUCCUACGUGGGCCGGGCCGUCUGUUCUUCGGGUCUUGAGGGAUGGUCGAAUUCACCCUCUACAGUGGUGGAUAACGAGGAAGCGAUUAAUUCUUUAUCUGAUGUGUUUCUUCACCCGGAGCUUACGAUUACACUGGUUCAUUACUUCCUUCCCGUUAUAAGAAGAGUUGUAGAUAGAGUGGUGGGUCUUCUUCAUUUAGUGGGUGAUCUCAGCUCAAGUAGUGACUGCUCAAACGAUGUGUCACUCUUCGUCCCCAGUUUUCUGGUUCGACAACUGAAAACUCAGCUACAUUCAGUUCCCCAAGUAGAUUUUCACUGAGAGAUUUGCUCAAGUUGUGUGAACGGGUCCAGGGUCUGCCCUCGUAUGACGGUCAUGCAAUUUCUCAGGAGGCAGGAGAUAUAUUCUCUGCUUCUUAUAUGUCAACUCAAAAUCGAGUGACAGUAAGUGAAAUCGUGGCUAGCGUUUGGAAUGUUCCUGUUCCAGAAUCUCAUCAUAAGCCCCCAAUUCAGGAACUUUCUAAAACUCUUAAAAUUGGCAGAGUUUCUCUACCACUUGGCGAAACUGCGUCACAUGACCGGUCGAGGUUUGUUGAAACACGCACAUCCACACGGUUACUUGAGAAAAUAGCCCGAUCUGUUGAGUACAACGAGCCAGUUCUCUUAGUAGGAGAAACAGGGACAGGGAAAACUACUCUAGUUCAAAAUCUUGCACAGUGGAUCGGACAGAAACUCACAGUUUUGAACUUGAGCCAGCAAAGUGAUAUAGUUGAUCUCUUGGGAGGUUUUAAGCCUAUUGAUGCAAAGCUUAUGUGCAAAAUGCUGUACAAUGAAUUCAUUGAAUUGGGAAGACAUUCUCAGAUGAAGGAUAAUUCAGACGUUAUGACGUGGCUACGAAAAAACUUUAGAGCUAAGAAGUGGGAAACAUUUUUGAGAGGGUUAAAGAAAACUAUUGACCAUCACGUUAAAGGUGGGGAAGAAAGGUCUAGGUCUGGUAGGAAGAGGAAGAAACCGGAAGUGAUUGAGAAUUGGACCCGUCUGUCCAAAAAAGUGGAGAAGAUUCAUCAACAGAUUUGUUCAGGUGGAAUGGUUUUUAAAUUUGUCGAAGGUGCAUUUGUGACUGCCCUCAGGGAGGGGUAUUGGGUUUUACUAGAUGAAGUAAACUUAGCCCCACCGGAGAUAUUGGGCAGGCUUACUGGUGUUCUUGAAGGAGUGAGAGGAUCACUUUGUUUAGCUGAGAGAGGGGAUGUAAUGGGCAUUCCUAGACAUUUGAAUUUCCGUUUGUUUGCCUGUAUGAAUCCAGCCACGGAUGCUGGUAAGCGAGACUUGCCGUUCUCCUUCCAUAGCAGAUUUACAGAGUAUGCUGUGGAUGAUGAAUUGUGUGACGAUGACCUGGAGAUAUUUGUGAGGCGAUUCUUAGGUGGACGUGAAUCUGACAGUAAGUUAGUGGGCAACAUUGUUUGCUUUUACAAAGAAGCUAGAAGGUUAUCUGAAGAAUGCUUGCAGGACGGUGCUAAUCAGAAGCCACAGUAUAGCUUAAGGUCUCUUUACCGAGCGCUAGAGUAUGCGAUUAAAGCAGAAGGUAUUGGCGGAUUUCAGAAAGCAUUAUAUGAUGGAUUUUCCAUGUUUUUCCUCUCCUUAGUAGAUGCUUCCAGUGCGAAGAUCAUGAAACCACUCAUAGAACUUGUCUCAAAGGAAAGUAGCCGAGCCCAACCACUUCAAAGAUACUUGGGAGAAUUAAAGGGCAGUUCUGAUGAAUCUGUCAAGAAAUAUGUGAAGACGAAGAGCGUGAUUGAACACCUUCAUCAUCUGGCUCAUGCCAUUUUUGUCAAAAGAUAUCCUGUUCUCUUACAAGGACCAACAUCCAGUGGAAAAACAAGCCUUGUCAAAUAUCUUGCAGCGUUAAGUGGUAACAAAUUUGUUCGGAUCAAUAAUCACGAGCAGACCGAUAUCCAAGAAUAUUUGGGUUCCUAUAUGACUGAUUCUUCAGGGAAGCUUGUAUUUCAUGAAGGGGCGUUGGUGAAGGCAGUCAGGGAUGGCCAUUGGAUUGUCUUAGAUGAACUAAAUUUGGCCCCAUCCGACGUCUUAGAGGCACUAAACAGACUGCUUGAUGACAAUAGGGAGCUUUUUGUACCCGAGUUGGGUGAAACAAUCUCAGCGCAUCCUAAUUUCAUGCUCUUCGCUACACAGAACCCUCCUGCUUCAUAUGGUGGACGCAAAAUACUGUCUCGAGCUUUUCGUAACCGUUUUGUGGAGAUUCAUGUUGAUGAACUGAGUGAAAUUCUUUUUGAGAAGUGUGAGAUUGCAAAAAGUCACGCUACGAAGAUUGUUGAUGUGAUGAAAGACUUGCAGCGCAACAGGCAGAGUAGCAAAGCUUUUGCAAACUGUGUUUUGAUUAUUGAACUCGUUCAUUUUAAUUUCCUGAAAUAUGUUUAUAUAGUUGUUCUUCUAACUUCAUAUAUCCAGUUGAUGUAGCUGUAUCAUACCAUGAGCUGCUUGUUCUUGAUC